UCGACUUUUAGUUCUCUGAGACGGACACGGUCGCGAUUUUCUGCAAAAAUUUAAUUUAUACAUAGUCUUAAAUAAACACAUAUUUCGGUAAUAUUUACAAUGCAGCAGAUUAAAUGAUAGCAACCAUUACAUAUGUGUUAAUUCAAAUAAAAUAAAAUAAUGCUGUUUUAAGCACAAAAGACGCUUACUGAAAAAGGGGGUGGAAAAUUUUUGUGGGUGGCCUCAGAAAGAAAUGAAUGAAUUUGACUGGAUUGGCGAUAAACAUCUUAAGAAGGAAAUAAGUGAUAUCCUUACUUGUAACUUGGUUGAUAAAACUUGGUGGAAGUAACAAUCGAGUUGGGACAAUGGGCACAAUAGCUUCCGUGCUGCAGUGGUCCUGUAAUAAUUGCAAUGUUAUCAAUCCCACGGAAUCAUUAAAAUGUAUAAACUGCGGUUCAGUGCGCAAGAAAGAUGGCACUCUGAACUCUGGUCAGAGCAACAAACCCUCCAUUGGCCAGGCGGGCGGGGGAAAAGAACCAGCGACACCGGGAGACAACAAGUCGCCAUCUACAUUGUGUAAUAGACAACAGACGCCAUCACAGCUGCAGCAGCAUAAUCCAACUCCUCCACAACAGGCACCACUCACCCCACAGCCACUUGAAACGGAACAUGAUGAUACAUUGGCCAACAGGAAUGAAUACAAACGCGUUUAUAAGUCGCUACUUAGAGGUUGUCUCAAACGACCACAGCGGAAUCAACAACAUUUACCGGCUAAUUGCGUAGAUUGUGAGAACACAAGAAAAUAUGUAAAAAACUCCAUAGAAUUGUUUCAUCACUUUUCGAAUCCAUCAUUAAACCGUCGCUGGGUGUGUGACAAAUGUGACACCGAUAAUAAUUCGGUGACCUGGCAUUGUUUGAUCUGCGAUACCGUUAGUUAUCUGGCGCCCAUAUACAAGGAAACGCUGAGUCAUCGUAAACUGCCGCAUUACAAACAGUCGAGCUUUGAUGGAGGACAACAUCUGGAUGGAAAAUUGAAGCGUAAUGACAAGAAAAUACCCUACUUUCGUAGAACGCAAAGUUUGACAUCGGAUAAGUCAUUUUCAUAUCGCAGUUGCCACAUAUGUUUUGUCAAUAAUCGCAAAGAUAUUUUCAACUUGCCAGAAACCUUUAUGCAUAAAUAUUCUGCAAGUGGAGCUCAAAGCUCAGAUGAGAUAUUUGGAAGAACAUUUGAACAACUGCCACCGUUGCAACAACAAUCGUCAAGACGUCUAAAUCAAUUGGUCGGUGGUAAGGAUACAAUUUGUCGCAAACAUAAUCAAAGCCAGAAUCAGAGUCAGCAGCAUCAGCACCAACACCACCAGCAGCACCGAGAGCCAAAGUGUAACUUUACCAUAACCACAUUGUCGCGGGCGAAUAAAGUCGACGAUGCCAGCAAGAAAUUUACCAUUCCACGCAAUAGUGUGUUCAUUGCAGUCAACGAUUCCUGGGCCACUCCAGAAUUAGAUUCAACAACGACGACGACAUCGUCUACCCAUCAAGCGGCCGGUGUUUCGGGUGGAGCAAGUUGUGGUGGCGUAGGCGGCGUGAUUUCAAGCAAUAAUGCCAUUGGAAGUGAUGAAAAGAGGAGAUAUCGUCAACCGGUGAUAAAGGCAGAAUCAUUGCCGCAAUAUUGUGAUAGAACCGAUAGCAUCGAGCGAAAAUCCCUGCAAAGACGUGGUUCAAAUGAAACUGGUACUUCUGGUAUUUGCUAUGCCACAUUUAGCAAAGGCAUGUAUAAGCCACAGCAUAUUUAUGAAAAUGAUUGCAUUAUCCAAAGACCCUCAAUCGUUAGCCGUGCAGUUGGGGCUGCAUCUGAUGAGACUGGCGAUAACGCUACUGCCGCAAAUGCUUCAAAUCACCCCCUUUAUGCCGUGGUUAAUAAGAAUAACAAAUCAAAAAAUAAACAAACAAACGAAUUACAAGUGAUAUCGGCAGUGCAACAGCAGCCACUGCAGCAACACAUAAAUGAUGGUCAAACAAAGUCAGCUACGGCAAGCGCUACAGCAGCAGCUUUGGCAACGCAUUUAUUAAACAACAAUAACCAUCACAACAACAAUGUCAAUGUUAAUGCUAAAUUAAGAGCCAACAGCAGUCAUCCUUCUUCCACUUCGACGUCCGCUUGCAGUACAGCAGACAUCAUGGGCAAUAUGUUGCCCACGGACACAACCAUAUUGGAUGCAACUGGUGGUGGUAGCAGCAGUGGAGGUCUGGCCGUUGGUGGUCUACGGCUCGACCAUCAACAUCAUCAUAAUCAGGGGGCAGUUACCAAGACAACGUCGCACACGCAUGCGUCUAAUAAAUAUGAUCCAAUCUUAACAACGACAAUUACCGCAGAUGCCCUGAAGAGCGAUAGCAAUGCCGAACAUUCCAUAUAUGCCAAAGUAUGGAAGGGUCCCCGUAAGACGAGUGAAUCUAAAAUAUCAAUUGUCCCAGCAGCCUCCAAUCGAGGUGGAGAUAACAUUGGCACACCCACAGUGGCAGCUACACGUAUUGACAAUAAUUCAAUUCCAAAUUCACGACGAAUGUGGACUUGUACAAACUGUUCCUAUGCAUACAAUCGUAUGUGGACUGAACGUUGCGAAAUCUGUGAAAAUCUGCGUACUCAGCCAUCUUUAACACAGCCCAAUUUAAUAACUGUUACCAAAACUGAUAUUACUACGACUGAUAACUUACCAAGAUCACAUGAUCCAGCUACAACAUGGACGUGCAAGAAAUGCACCCUAGUCAAUUCAACUAAAGACCAUGCUUGUGUCGUCUGUGGUGGUUCGAAAUUGAAGAGUAUAUCUUCUAUCGAAGAUAUGACACUGCGAAAAGGAGAGUUUUGGACGUGUUCCCAAUGCACUCUGAAGAAUUCGUUGGCGACUGGGGUAUGUAGCGCAUGCAAGGCUGUUCGAACACUGCCAAUCGAAAGCGAUAGAGAACGUAUGGUUGGUCCGAUACCCGAAGAGCUGCAUCGUAAUGUCAACCACAUUGGUGGUAAUAUGUUGAUUUCGGAUGCAAUAUCACCUGGAAUGGGAACGCACAGGCCAUCGGCCGCCAAUGUUACUCCAACUUCAAAUCUACAGCUUCCGCCUAUACGCACUUCGCGAAGUCCCUCGCCAAGACAAAAUCGUUCCUCUUCUGGAGCCAUACCUAAACGACACAGUACCGGUGGGUCGGGGGGCAUUUUACCACGUAAUACAACCGUAUCGACUUCCUCCAGCAGCAAUGUAAUAAGCAGCACCAGCCAACAGUUGUUACAGCAUCGUCACAGCUCGAGUGGCAGUGCAGGCAGCGGCAUAAAAACGUGGCAAUGUCCUGCCUGUACAUACGACAACUCCUCUGCGUCUGUGGUCUGCGAAAUGUGUUCCAGCCCCAGGGGUCUGGUGAAUAAUAUAACGAAAAUGGCUUUGCUACACAAAACGAAUAGACAUUCAGCUGAACUGCAGCAAGAGAGCAAACUGAUGGAGAACCUGCGGCGAAUAGAGGAGGCAGAGGCUCUUCACAAAUGGGAGAACAUUAUACAGUACUGUCGUGACAAUAACGAAUUGUUUGUUGAUGACUCUUUUCCUCCGGCACCGAAAAGCCUCUAUUACAAUCCGCAACAGAGCAUGGCGGAAGGCAAUCCAGUUGUUCAGUGGAGAAGACCUCACGAAAUUAAUUGCGAUGGGGGAGCAUUCCCCCCUUGGGCGGUCUUUCGUACACCAUUACCAUCUGAUAUAUGCCAGGGAGUGCUGGGCAAUUGUUGGCUUCUAAGCGCAUUGGCUGUUCUAGCUGAACGUGAGGAUCUUGUGCGUGAAGUUUUGGUCACGAAAGAGAUUUGCCCCCAGGGGGCUUAUCAAGUGCGUUUGUGCAAAGAUGGCAAGUGGACGACGGUGUUAGUGGAUGAUCUGUUGCCUUGCGACAAGCGAGGUCAUUUAGUCUACUCCCAAGCCAAGCGUAAACAAUUGUGGGUUCCGUUAAUAGAAAAGGCAGUUGCCAAGAUUCACGGCUGCUACGAGGCGUUGGUGUCUGGGCGCGCCAUUGAAGGUUUGGCCACCUUGACCGGAGCACCAUGUGAGAGCAUACCAUUGCAGGCCAGCUCUCUGCCAAUGCCUAGCGAGGAUGAAUUGGAUAAAGAUCUCAUAUGGGCUCAACUGCUAAGUUCUCGAGGCGUGAGAUUUCUCAUGGGUGCCAGUUGUGGUGGUGGAAAUAUGAAGGUCGACGAAGACGAGUAUCAUCGAAAAGGUCUUAGGCCACGUCAUGCUUACUCUGUGCUCGAUGUAAAAGACAUACAUGGACAUCGUUUGCUAAAGCUGCGAAACCCAUGGGGCCAUUUUUCUUGGCGAGGAGAUUGGUCAGAUGACUCUGACCUUUGGACUGAAGAACUGCGGGAGGCUUUGAUGCCACAUGGAGCCUCCGAAGGUGUUUUUUGGAUAUCAUUCGAAGACGUUUUAAACUUCUUUGAUUGCAUCGACAUCUGUAAAGUACGAUCGGGUUGGAACGAAGUUCGACUGAAGGGUACACUACAGCCCUUGUGUUCAAUGUCCUGCGUCCUCCUUACGGUGCUAGAGCCAACCGAAGCCGAGUUCACAUUGUUCCAGGAGGGACAACGCAAUUCCGAAAAGUCGCAGCGCUCACAACUGGAUUUGUGUGUGGUAAUUUUUCGCACUCGUUCCCCAGCAUCGCCUGAAAUAGGACGGUUGGUGGAGCACAGUAAACGUCAAGUUCGUGGCUUUGUGGGCUGCCAUAAAAUGUUAGAGCGUGAUAUCUAUUUGCUGGUUUGCUUAGCAUUUAACCACUGGCACACCGGCAUGGAGGAUCCCCAUCAGUAUCCUCGCUGUAUCUUGGCUAUACAUAGCUCGAAACGUUUGCUUGUAGAACAAAUAACUCCUCCGCAACAUUUAUUAGCUGAUGCCAUCAUAAGUUUAACUCUAACCAAAGGACAACGGCAUGAGGGCAGAGAGGGCAUGACUGCUUAUUAUCUAACAAAGGGUUGGGCAGGCUUAGUUGUUAUGGUGGAGAACCGCCACGAAAAUAAAUGGAUACAUGUCAAAUGUGAUUGUCAAGAGAGCUACAAUGUUGUCUCCACAAGAGGGGAAUUAAAAACCGUUGAUUCGGUACCGCCACUUCAAAGACAAGUCAUAAUUGUUUUGACACAAUUGGAAGGUAGUGGAGGAUUUAGCAUUGCCCACCGUCUUACACAUCGUUUGGCAAAUUCCAGAGGUCUUCACGAUUGGGGACCCCCGGGGGCAACACAUUGUCCACCAAUUGAAAAUGUUCACGGUUUACAUGCGCCGCGUUUAAUCACAUAAGCAAAACGAAUGAACAAAUGAACAAAUUUCACUAUUUCUAGUCGUCAAACAAACACAUCCCCCAAUCUCAUCCCGCCCCCUAUGUUCCCCCAUUCAUAUUCACAUACAUUUUACAACAAUAUAAGCAAAAACCAUAUGAACCGAAAAACAGCAAAGGCAACCAAAAAGAUCAACCAACCAACCAAGCACUUGGUGAAGAAAGAAAUUAGUCUGUAUGUAUUUGAUUAUACUUAUUAUUAUAUAUGUAGGUAACAUUACGCUCUAUGACAUGAUAAUGAUUAUUAUUAUUUAAAUGUGUUUUUAGUUUAUUAAUUAAUAAAAAAAAAACCAAAACAAAACCAACAAUGUAAGUACAUUAUGUUAAGUGCA